ACCCUGCUUGCAGCGCCGUCCUCCCACCAUGGACGUCACGGCCCUGCUGCGCGAGCGCGUGUGGUCUGCGUCGAUCCCCCUCGAGAUCUCCCUGCACACUGCAGACUGCGCUUCAUACAACGCCGUUCCCUAUCUAGUCCACGUCCCGCGACUCUCGUAUCUGGCAUUCCUCCUCCCCAAGCUCCACGCCUUUUUCCACACCAGCCUGAUCUACCCAAGUGUCUUACCGACAGAUGCAUGGCUUGAGUACGACCAUGUGCCCCUGAAGUGGCACUACCCGCUUGGCCUACUCUACGACUUGUACUCUGGAGCCGAGCCUGCAUCCUCCCAUGACGCCUCCGCCGAGCAUGCCCACGUCCUCAGCCUUGACGAAGGGACUCCCCCCUGGAAGCUGACUCUGCACUUCUCCAAUUAUCCGAAAGACCAGCUGGUGCAACUUGACGUCCAAGAGAAGCAUAUCCAUGAUCUGUUCAUCAACAACGUGAAGGAGGCUGACUUCCUCCGGAAUGGGACUGGGAAGACGGUCAUGUCUCUCAGCAAGGAGGAUUCUGAGCAGCUCUGGGAAGGUGUCAAGCAACGAGACUUCCGGCGGUUCGCUCGCAUCAACAACAAAUUCUUGAACCCGCAAGGCGCCACACUUCGUCAUAUUCCAAUGAGACUGUAUCUCCCACAUGCUGCCUCCCCUCAAGCUGAACAACUUAUCUCGCCCAGCAAUCGUGUGCAGGAGGUUGGGACAGAUGAAAAGGGCGUCAUGACUGGCUCCGUGCGAGUUGUUCAGGGACUAGUCCCGCUGUCCUCUUCGUCGCGGCAACGCCAAACAGUAGGCACAGCACUGCACACUUUACUACCCAAUUUGUUUCGAAAUACCCGCGGGCCUUGCCUUAUUGCUGCCCCGGUGCUUCAUGGCGCUAUCCUCCCCUUGGAUGCCGGUCUGGAAGAGCUGAUACGAACCACAACCUAUGUCGAUGGGUGGCUUCACAUCGCUUUUAUCAUGCUUUAAAAGAGAAUGGGAUUGAUCCUGCGUGAGCCCCGUGUUUGGUGGUUCGAUGCAUGAUCCUGUUUGUAUGAGAUAUGCGAUAGAAAUCCAGGGUAACGCAACCAACGUC